AUGCGUAUGGAUGACCUCGUCAUCCCUGCGAAGAAUGGGGAGCACAGAAACAUUCCAAAGGCGAAGUUCAUAGAAAAAGUGGAGACAUUUGUCGGGGCCUGCAACCCGGUAUCUGUGGAGUAUCUCUUCAAAGAACUUCUACAGUACAGCUGCAAUAUUCUCACCCUCCGCAUGAUAUUUGCACUUAGCAAAGAUGGUUACGGGUUUUAG